AGACUGUUCUUCUACAAAAGCCACUUGGCAUCGACCAAGGUGAGGUCCCUACCUCUGUGCUUCUGAGCUGAAGGAAAAUGGCAUUUGGUGGAACUCUGUGGAUGCUGAUAUUAUAUAUGAUCAUUUUCAUACACGUCUUGCUGUUUGCACGGGGAGUUUACUAUCAUUUUACAAGGACCCACAUUCCUCCAGGAAUCACCGAUGGCAGAAAAUUACUAUUUUUCUCUUUUGUAUUGGGAUAUUUACUUGAACUGGGAGUGUUUCUGGAAAAACUGGGCAUUUGCCAUAGAUAUGUCCUCUGCAGAGCUGCGUACGAUAACAUGCCAACAAGGAAGGACUCAAAGUUGAUCAGAAAGGACCUGGUUUUUGAUGGGGUGCCUGUGAGGGUGUACUGGCCCAAGACAUCACCUGCUGGGAACAGGAGAGGAAUCAUCUAUCUUCAUGGAGGUGCUGGACUCAUUGGAAGCAUCCGAGCCUCUGAAAACAUCUGCUCUUCUAUUGCACGCGAAAGUGAUUCAGUGCUUGUGAGUGUCGGAUUUCGUUUAGCUCCUGAGCAUCCCUAUCCAGUCCCUGUACUGGACUGUUUAACUGCUGCAAUACACUUUCUGAAGAAUGCCAAGGAAUAUGGAGUGGACCCCAACUGCAUUGCCAUUGUUGGGGACAGUAGUGGAGGCACAUUUGCAACAGCUAUUUGUCAAGAACUGGUGACCAGGCAGAACCUCCCAAGACUGCGAGCUCAGGUUCUCAUCAACCCAUUCCUACAAACAGGGGACUUCGAUUUGCCAUCCUAUCAGCAAAACCAAUCAGUUCCUCCCUUGUUCAGAAAACGAAUUAUCAAAUUUGGUGUGAGACAUCUCACUGGGAAGGACAUGAACGUGGAUGGGGUGAUAAAAGGUGCCCAUAUCCCUCCUGAUUUGUGGGAGAAAUCCCGAAAAUUGAUCAGUGCUGAUAACAUUCCAGAAGAAUUUAAGGCUAGGGGCUAUGUCCCUAAAGCUCCUGCCCCAUUUUCAGAAGAACUUUAUGAACAAGUUAAAAGAGGACGUGAGACAAUGUUUGCCCCCCUUCUAGCAGAGGAUGACAUUAUCCGCCAGCUCCCAGAGACUUUCAUUCUAACCUGUGAAUAUGAUGUUCUCCGGGAUGAUGGGCUGUUGUACAAGAAGCAGUUAGAGGACAACGGUGUGCCAGUGACACAUCAUCAUCUUCCAGAUGCAGGCCAUGCAACAAUUUGCUAUUUGGGUUGGGGGCCACUUGAAUUUCCAAGCUCAAAGAAAUGUUUGCAGCAUGUGGUACAGUUCUUAAAAGGUUUUUAUAAAUGAAUGACCUUCUUUAUAUUCCAAUGGCAGCCUUCCCUUUCUGUGGGGGGACAAUCCCCCUUUCCUAUUGUCCCAAUCCUAAAGUAAGAAGAAAAGGUUAGAUCCACAAUUCUACACAGUCGGAUUUAUUAAAAUCACCAUGACAUCUGUAAGUACCUAAGCAAAGCCCUGCUGGAAUAGCCCACUUCAUCCAGCAUUCUGAUCUCACAGUGAAAAGGCCUCUUGAGAUGCCUGCAAGCAGUACCUGGGUGCAAAAAAACAAACACCUCCUACUUGUGAUUCCUAGCAAGCAGCUUGCAGCGGCCUACAGCCUGCAAUUGUGCAAACAUACCUAUAGCCUCCUCCAUGAAUUGGGUUAAUCCUCUUUUAAAGCCAUGCGACUGGGUCACCAAAGUAGUUCAUUCCAUUGACUAACUGUUGCUUCAUAAUAUUUGAAAGAUUUAGCAAUAACAGAGGAGCUCCUGUGCAAUAAACUAAACCAAUCUAAGCCCUUGUGAAUGAUAUGAACUCAUUUACUUACA